UAUAAAGGUGAGGGCAGUUAAGAUAACCACUGGUAGUGUUUUGCGGACCGUGCGUGUGAUAACCGAUAAGGUUAGCAUAUGGGUUAAGCAUGGAGGGCUUAAGGAUAUUGUUCUUGGUGUUGAUCAUAUGCGCAUCGGUGAUUUGUGAAGACGUACCCGAGAACAUCCAGCUAAAUACCCAAGAUCAGCAACAGGUGGUACAAUCUGCUGAAACUGCAUCGUCUGUUGAAGAAGUUAAGAAGACAGCUAAGCGUCAUCUUUCACUGGGUAUAGGGUACGGAGGCGGAGGAAAUGUUGGAUUCCAUGGUGGUUUGUACGGAGGAGGCUAUGGAGGAGGGUACGGUUAUGAUUCCGGAUUUCACGGUGCGAAAAUAGGUGUCGGGUAUGGUGGGGCUUAUUUGGGUCAUGGAGCAGGCUUCCAUGGGGGAAAAAUCGGCUAUGGCUACGGAGGAGGCUACCUUGGCCAUGGAGGAGGCUACCUUGGCCAUGGAGGAGGACUGUACGGUGGCUAUCACGGAGGACAUGGAGGACUAUACAGUGCUUAUCAUGGCUAUGGAUACCCUAAGCCUAUUUACACGGCGACCAUCAAAGAACAUAUUCCCGUGCCUAUCCCUAAGCCUUAUCCAGUGUUUGUGAAGAAACAUGUCCCAGUGCCUUACCCAGUAGCGAAACCAGUGCCAUACCCAGUCAUCGUGAAAAAACCUAUCGCAGUUCCUGUAGAUCGCCCAGUUCCUGUAGCUGUGCCGUAUCCAGUAACGAAACACGUAGGCGUUCCAGUUCCACAUCCUUAUCCGGUUCCCGUGAAAGUGCCUACGCCAAUUGUUGUAACCAAACCUGUUCUAGUUCCUAAGCCUGUAGUCAUAGCCAAACCUGUCACUACUGUGCACUACAGCCCGGUAGUAAGCCAUCCGGUAGUCAGCCAUCCAGUUGUAAGCACUCCAAUUGUCAGUACUCCAAUCGUGAGUUCUUCGGUUGUUGCCACUCCCAUCUACUCCGCACAUGCUCAUCCAGUUCUGGCUUCAGCUGGACACAUAUCCGUAUCGGACCAUGGUCUUCACCAGACCCACGGAACCCACCUACAAAGUGGCCAUUAUGGGGCCCACUACGGAGGAUCUCUUGCCGCAGGUUAUGGUUCCUUGGGACACUUCGGAGUGUCGGGACACUAUGGAUCGGCAGGUCAUUACGGAGGAGCUGGCCAUUAUGGAACGGCUGGACACUAUGGAUCGGCUUACGGAGGAACUGGCCAUUACGGUGGAGCAGGACACUACGGAUCUAGUGGUCAUUAUGGAACGGCAGGUCACUAUUCAGUCGGUGGACACUAUGGUAGCCAAUAUGGUGGUCACUAUGGAGUAGGAGCACAUAUAGGAACUGGAGGGGUGAUAUGCGAUCACUAGACUUGCGUUUAGAUUUAGUUUAGGUAUAGUGCACUUGUAGAAAAUUUUCAAUUUAGCCGUAGAUCUAAAAUGGAAGAGGUUGUUAGAAUUAUGUUGAGUCAUUUCGGGAACACAAGUUAUUUAUGAGUUAUAAUACGCGAAUGGUCUCGUCCAAGACUUCUAGAUUUGUUUACACCAUCCAAUUCAGUUUAGGCAUCUCUAUUCAUGGGAAGAAAUUUCCUUGUAUUUAGAUGAAUGCAAGCCUUGUAGUCUUAUGCAAACAUACAGAAGCUGAAAUUUAUGCUAUGAUUUUUCAGUUUAGGCGAAUAACAGUUUAUAAAAAGCUAAACAAUGUGAAAAUUUACAAAAAUAAAUAAGAUUUGAAAAAGUUUAUAA